GCCCUGCACGCGCGCGGUGCCCUUCCGCGCGGCAACCUACAGAGCCCCGCUAGCUAAAAUCUGAUUUCAGAUUGGACAAGUGAAGGGACCACAAUGCCCGGGGGAGAUCAGGAUCCAGGGAGCUACUAUGUGGGUGUGGACGUUGGAACAGGCAGUGUCCGUGCAGCUCUGGUGGACCAGAGGGGCAUCCUUUUGGCUUUUGCAGACCAGCCAAUUAGCCAGUGGGAGCCUCAAUUCAACCACCAUGAACAGUCUUCUGAGGACAUCUGGGCCGCAUGCUGUGUUGUCACAAAGAAAGUUGUACAAGGGAUCGAUGUGAACCGAAUCCGUGGGCUUGGGUUUGAUGCUACAUGUUCUCUGGUGGUCCUGGACCAGCAGUUCUGCCCUUUACCAGUCAACCAUGAAGGGGAGUCCCACCGAAACAUCAUCAUGUGGCUGGACCACCGGGCCGUCAGUCAGGUCCACAGGAUCAAUGAAACCAAGCACGGUGUCCUGCAGUGUGUUGGGGGCGUGAUGUCCGUGGAAAUGCAGGCCCCAAAGCUUCUGUGGCUGAAAGAGAACUUGAGAGAGACUUGCUGGGAUAAGGCGGGACAUUUCUUUGAUCUCCCAGACUUCUUAUCAUGGAAGGCAACAGGUGUCACAGCACGGUCUCUCUGCUCCCUGGUGUGCAAAUGGACGUACUCGGCAGAGAAAGGCUGGGAUGACAGUUUCUGGAAGAUGAUCGGCUUGGAAGAUCUUGUUGCGGACAAUUACAGCAAAAUAGGAAACCAAGUACUGCCUCCUGGAGCUUCUCUUGGAAAUGGGCUCACACCAGAGGCAGCCAAAGACCUUGGACUUCCUGUUGGAAUUGCGGUGGCGGCCUCACUUAUUGAUGCCCACGCAGGAGGCCUAGGAGUGAUUGGAGCAGAUGUGAGAGGGCAUGGCCUUGCCUGUGAGGGACAGCCAGUGACGUCACGGCUGGCUGUCAUCUGUGGAACAUCUUCUUGUCACAUGGGGAUCAGCAAAGACCCAAUUUUUGUACCAGGUGUCUGGGGCCCUUAUUUCUCAGCCAUGGUCCCUGGGUUCUGGCUGAAUGAAGGUGGUCAGAGCGUUACUGGAAAAUUGAUAGACCACAUGGUACGGGGCCAUGCUGCCUUCCCUGAACUACAAGCCAAGGCCACAGCCAGGUGUUACACAGAUGAAAGUAGAUUGCGGAAAUGCCGGUCUCUGAAGAUCUUAAAACCCAGUGCAAACCUAAGGCAUAGAUGCCAAAGUGUAUAUGCAUAUUUGAACAGUCACCUGGAUCUGAUUAAGAAGGCUCGGCCUGUGGGUUUCCUCACUGUUGAUUUACAUGUUUGGCCAGAUUUCCAUGGCAACCGGUCUCCCUUAGCAGAUCUGACACUAAAGGGCAUGGUCACCGGGUUGAAACUGUCUCAGGACCUCGAUGAUCUUGCCAUUCUCUACCUGGCUACAGUUCAAGCCAUUGCUUUUGGGACGCGCCUCAUCAUAGAAGCCCUGGAGGCGGCAGGGCACUCCAUCAGCACCCUUUUCCUGUGUGGAGGUCUGAGCAAGAAUCCCCUUUUUGUGCAGAUGCACGCAGACAUUACAGGCAUGCCUGUGGUCCUGUCUCAAGAGGUGGAGUCUGUUCUUGUGGGCGCUGCUAUUCUGGGUGCCUGUGCCUCGGGGGAUUUCGCUUCUGUACAGGAAGCAAUGGCUCGAAUGAGCAAAGUUGGGAAAGUCGUGUUUCCCAGACUGGAGGAUAAAAGAUACUAUGACAAGAAAUACCAAGUAUUCCUGAAGCUGGUUGAACACCAGAAGGAAUAUGCAGCAAUCAUGAAAGGAGACUGAACAGAGCGUGCAGGUGCCAGUGCCAGAAGGUUCUGCGUCAUUACAUCAGGGACCUCUGUCUUCUUAUCUUAUAUUCAAGAUCCAUUAGGUAUCACUCUAUCAUUUCUGUAUCGUCUUUUAAUAAAGACACCUGAGACGUGUACAACCAGAA